UCUUGUUCACCAUAGUUAUAGCAGCCCAUGAGAUGGGAGGUUUCAAAAAAUAUUUAUUUAUUGUUUGUGUAUAUGUAACUGUAUAUAAAGUAUCUGGAGAUGUAACACCAGCUUGUGAUGAUGGUUGGGUAGCUAAUGAUAUAUAUUGUUAUUACUUUAACAACGGAGACAACAGAACAUGGGGUCAUGCUAUUGACGAAUGCGAAGUUAAACAGUCACAGUUACUGAGGAUUGAGUCGGUCGAUGAGUUGAAUUUCCUUAAGACAACAUUUCAAGGAUAUCCCAGUUAUGAAUAUUGGACAUCGUUAAAUGAACUGCAGCCUGACGGGGACGGUGGAACUGGAACAUGGUUAUGGGAAAGUGAUGAAUAUCCGUCUGACGACGUUAUAAAAUGGGACACAGAACCCGACAAUAGUGACUAUGAAGAUUGUGGUGCCAUCAACAUUCAGGCAACGUUUAGUGAUCAAAAAUGUUCAGUUAAAUUCCCAUAUAUUUGUGAAUCCGAUUAUAAAGAUGAUGUCGGUUGUCCCCCAUUCUGGUUGCAAGGGCAGCAAGAUUGUUUCUACGUCAGCAAUAGUUCAGAUCCAUCUCAGAUGGCAACAUGGGCGCAAGCAAAAAAGAAUUGUGCUGGAAUAAAUUUUUUUGGUGAUGCUUCUGUUUACACUCAUUUGCUAACAUUUGACGUUGAGGGAGACACCGAUUUUCUGAGUAAGUCGUUACCUCAAUGGCAGAAAACAACAACGUUAUUCUGGACUGGUUUAAAUGAUAUCGCCCAGGAAGGAAAGUGGGCUUGGGAUUCGAAAGUAGCUUUUGAUCCUUCUUUAGUAAAAUGGACGCAGGAACCAAAUCACCUUGCUGGUGAAGAGCACUGUGCAGUUAUAACAAAAGAAGGGACAUUCGCUGAUAGAAACUGUAACUCCGCACGUAAUUUUGUUUGUAGAAAACCACAGGAUUUCAGUAAGACUUUUUUUUAAGUACUAUUAGCCACUACUAAAGGCUAAUUGGUCAAUCUUGUUUAUUGACACAAAGCCAACCGAUAAUCUGAUAAUUAAUUUAAAUGCUCUCAACCAGUUAUACACAGAAACU